AUGGAGGACAGUCUUUUGGUUGAGAAGCCGAACUUUGAGGGUCAACAAAAGCACAAGCCUUGGACCCUAUGCGAAGUUAGCAUAGGUUGGCAGCUGCCCCCAGCUUUCAUGUUGCAGCAUGCCGAAAUACAGCAAAAACAUCAUGAUGUUGCGGAAAACUGCCCUGAACACACCUACCCACCAUCUGACAUUCUUCUGUCCUUGGGGCCCGGCACCAGUCGCGGGCUCUGCGGCGCGGAGCCACAGCGCUCCCCGCGCGGGGAGAGGGAGGCCGGGGACGCCGGGGACGGCGCCGGGGACGGCGCCGGGGACAGCGCCAGGGGAGGCCGGCGGCGUGGGGAAAGCUGCGAGGGCCGAGAAUGA